AUGCGCCUCGCAAUUCUUUGGCUGUUCUCCGGCUGGUUAAUACUGGGCACUCGGAUGCGGGCCUGGGGCCAGGAACUCGGCCAGGAUCUGCUCAUCUCGGAGCUGGGCAAUCGGCAGGAUGAGCUGAACACCAGGCGCCUGGCGAGUGCCAUCAGUUACAUAACCGGCAAAUACAUAGCCAGCAGGAUCAACACGCUGGUCGUCCGGCAGAGUUGUCUGGAGUGUCCCUACGAACUCGUCCAGCGCCAGCGGCAGCUCAUCGACCAGGUCCUGCAGAACCUCGCCCCCGAUCUCAGUGUCCUGCUGCACUGGGGCACCUCGGAGGAGGCCACUCUCUGGGACUACACCCUCUUCGUGGUCAACAAUCACAACAUUUUCAAGAGUCAGGUGUUAGCCUUCCCGGACGAGUUUCUGGAGCGCGAGUUCUUCUGUGUGGUGGUGGUGACGGAGUUGCAGAGCGCCUCCACCGUCGAGUUGACCGUCGGGCGGAUUGUGUCCUUGAAUCUGCGCCUGAAGUUCGUCAAUGUGGUGGUGGUGGCCCAGCUGGAGGACGGCCUGGUGGCCAUCUACAGCUACAAGAUCUUCAAGGAGAACUGCAUCCCGGGCAUCACGGUGCAGCGGAUCAACCACUUCGACCGGAUCACCGGUGAGCCGCUGGAGAACAUGUCCGACCUGUAUCCGGUGCGGCAUGGAGACCUGGGCGACUGUUCGCUGCGGGUGGCCGCCAACCAUCUGCCCCCGCACUUGAUCCACAAGCGGCACGGAGAACGCCGGCCGAACGGCACCGAGCCCAUGUUCAUUCCCGCCCAGGAUCUGUCCGGGAUCGACUGGGAUCUGCUCCAGCUGCUGGCCAAGGCGCUGCACUUCCGCAUCGACCUCUUUGUGCCCACUGAAACCAGCCAGAUCUUCGGCGAGGGCAACGUUUCCGGAUGCUUCGCGCAGCUGGCGGACGGGAGCGCGGCCAUCGCCAUCGGUGGACUGAGUGGCUCGGACAAGCGACGCUGGCUGUUCUCCAAGUCGACGGUGUACCACCAGAGCCACUUCGUGAUGGUGGUGCGGCGGGAUCGGUACCUGGGUCGCUUUGGGCCGCUGAUCCUGCCGUUCCGGGGCAAGGUGUGGGGCAUGAUAAUCGCGAUCCUGGUGCUGGCGGUGCUGAGCACCUGUUGCCUGCGCUCCCGCCUGGGGCAUAAGCACCGCCUGGAGAACGUGCUGCUGGUGGGUGUGGGCAAUCCGAUUCCCACGCGGCGGCUGCCGGGCAAGGGACUCCUCCGCUACAUGCUGGCCACCUGGUUGCUGCUCACCCUGGUGCUGCGGUGCGCCUACCAGGCGCGCCUCUUCGAUGUCCUGCGCCUCUCCCACCACCGCCCCCUGCCCGAGGACCUCGGCGGGCUGAUCAGCGAGAACUACACCCUGAUGUCGAACGGCUAUCACGAGUUCUAUCCCCUGGCCCUCACCCACCGCCUGGGCGAGUCCUUUUCGGCCCGAUUUGAGCGGCUCCAGGGUGCCGAUCCCGGCCAGCGUCUCACCACGAUCUCGCUGAUGAGCAACCUGGCCUACUGGAACCACCAGCACCGGAACACCAGCCGGCUGACCUUCGUGCGUCAGCCGAUCUAUGUGUACCAGCUGGUCAUCUACUUUCCCAGGAGGUUCUUCCUCCGCCCCGCCCUCGAUCGCAAGAUCAAGCAACUGCUGAGUGCCGGGGUGAUGGCCCACAUCGAGCGGCGGUACUUGCAGUAUGUGGACAAGCCGGAUGUGGAGGCCAACGACCGCAGCCUCCUGCCCCGGAUCACCGGCAAGAUCAUGGCCGGGGCCUACCGCUUCCACGGACUGGUGCUUGUCCUGGCCACCGGGGUCUUCCUCCUGGAGUUCCUGUCGCGGCGCUGGGAUGGCAGACUGCGCCGAUGGAUGGAGUGGGUGCAGCAGCCGUAG